UGAUACACUUCCACUACACUGAUGGCAUUUUUGUUCGUAUUGUUAUGCAUGUACUUGUUUACUCCUGAAAGUCCAUGUAGAUAAUCACACAGAAUUAGCAAUGAUAUCCCUAUUCUUAGACUGUUAUAUGCUGGUAUUGUCCUUUUUUUGUAACAAACGGACUCGUUUGUGCUAUUUUUAUGUUCGAUGCAUACAGGUUGUUGUGGAACAGUGUAUCAUGCUCUGUGGCAUGGCUCGGACGUGGCAGCUAAAGUAUUCUCCAAGCAGGAAUAUUCAGAAGAAAUGAUAAAUACCUUCAGACAAGAGGUAUCAUUGAUGAAGAAACUACGACAUCCCAAUAUCAUACUUUUCAUGGGUGCAGUUCUGUCGCAGCAACGACUUUGUAUUGUUACUGAAUUUCUCCCACGCGGGAGUUUGUUCCGGUUGCUCCGAACUAACAUUGGCAAGCUGGAUCCAAGACGGAGAGUUAACAUGGCUAUAGACAUUGCAAGGGGCAUGAACUAUCUUCACAAUUCCAUUCCCACUGUUGUGCACCGUGAUUUGAAAUCGCCAAACCUGCUGGUUGAUAAGAAUUGGACUGUAAAGGUUGCAGACUUUGGUCUUUCACGUCUGAAACUCGAAACAUUUCUGACAACAAAAACUGGAAAGGGAACACCGCAGUGGAUGGCUCCAGAGGUGCUACGAAGUGAACCUUCAAAUGAAAAGUCUGAUGUAUUCAGUUAUGGAGUUGUCCUGUGGGAGCUUGUUACUCAGAAGAUUCCCUGGGAUACUCACAAUACAAUGCAGGUCAUCGGAGCCGUAGGCUUUAUGGAUCACAGACUGGAAAUUCCAAGGGAUGUGGAUCCUCAGUGGGCAUCGAUGAUCCAGAGCUGUUGGGACAGUGAUCCACAACACCGCCCUUCGUUCCAAGAACUCCUUGAGAGGCUCCGGGAGCUGCAAAAGCAGUACAACGUUCAGGCGCAAACCAAGCGGAAAGAGGCUGGGAAAGUUGCUGGAAAUAUGAGCGUCAAAGAAAGCUAGCUUCGUGUUUUAAUAGUGAUGGAUUAUGCCUGCAGCCCUGGGGAUGAUUUAUCCGAGGUGAGCUCGGGAAGGUUCGAGGAUGUUUUCCAUGUUGCUUCCAAGAGGGAAUGCCAGAGAGGUUGGUGCAUAUCUUCUCAAAUUGCAACAUUGAAAGGAGGCUAGAGGACGCUGGCGACAUGACAUAGACUUCCGGUAGUUUCAGGGCUAGCCCGAAUGUUCAGAACAGAUAUGAUUGGUCCAACAGCUCAUUAUACAUGUGGAAUGCGUGUCAUCCAUAGUAUUAGCAUUUUAUUCA